AGCCCCACGUUUCCCCGUUUUGUAGAUGUUAGCUAGCUACUUCCCAACUUCUAAUUAACUCCCCACAGAUCAUCGAAUUCACUUCUUUCUUCUUAUAUCCAUAAUUAAUCCACAAAAACUCAGCAUAAUAAUAAUGGACAAUUCUAAAAGAACAUUCCUACUAUCCAUCUUCAUCUUCUGGAUCUUCUCCACUCAUACCAUCUUUACAUGUGCAGAUGAGGGCCAAAACGAGGCUAAAACCGCCCAAGAAUCUCCAUCUCCCCAGGAAGUAUUGUACGAUACAUACGCCCUCUUCACAAAGGCUUCGUUACAGUAUUGGGAGAAUGUCAAAUCCCUCUUCAAUCAAGCUCAGCUUAGCUUUAAGACCAAGGAAGAUCUCAGCGAGGGAGAAAAGCAGAUCGGAGCUACAGAGAGGCUGAAAGAUGCGGCGGAGAAGAGCUUUGAACAGACCAAAGAAGCGGUUGAGGGAUCGGCGAAAUCGGCGGCUGAUGCGGUGCAUGACGCGGCGGAGAAGGUGAAGGAUAAAAUGCCUGCUGCAGCUGCGGGAAAAGAUGCUGCUGCCGAUCAUGGGGAUAAAAUGCCUGCACCUGCGAUCGGGGAUAAAAUGCCUGCAGCUGCGGCAAAAGAUGCUGCUGCCGAUCAUGGGGAGCUGUGAUCGAUGAGCUAGGAUCAGAUCAUAUCGGAAUUGAAGAAGAAGCUAUAGCUAGCUGAUGAUCUGUUACGUUGAGGCCAAGAUUUUUUUUAAUCUUUAAUUUUGCAUUAUUAUUUGUAGAUCGAACUAUAUAGUAAUGUGUAACCUUUUCAAUGUUCAGUUUUUUUGAAUGAAACCUUCAAUUCUCAGAGGAAUUAUUCAGUCAA